UAUGACUAUCGUUAUUUUUAAUUUGUAGAUUACGAACUAAAAAUUAUUGAACUUAAUACUUGUAAAUACAUUAGAUUUGGAAAAACAAAGUAAAAAAUAAAAUAAAAUACUGCUAAAAAACUUAACUUUUACCAAUGAUAUUAAUACUCGUGAAUACAUUCGAUCUGAACAAAAAAAAUCGUACGAAAAAAGACACCAAAAACAAAAACAACCAUUUUCGGUUACACAAUUUUGUUUGAACAAUAUUUUGGAGGUUCCAGAUCAAGUUUACCUGACUAUUAGUAUUGUUGUAAUAUUUAAAUUUGUGUAAUAGUUAUGUCUUCAUGUAAUUUUUUUAAAAAAAUUGUUAAGUUUCUUUUGUAUAUUGUUGUUGUAUAAAUCUAGUUUUAAAAUAUUUUAAAUCUUAUUUUAAAGUUUUAUUUUUAUUUUAUGUGUAAAACUUAAAUUUAUAAAAAAAUUUUGAAAUAUUUAUGAGAUUUAAAUUUUUUGAAGAUUAAAAUGAUAAACAAAAAAAUAUUAGAGAAUUAUAAAUGUGAUGUGUAAUUGUAGGAACCAAAAUACAAACAAAAAUAUGAAAUUUCAAAUUUGAAGUUUUAAAGUUCAUUUUUAGAAAAGAAAAAAUUUUAUAUUUGAAGUUGUAGAGUGUCUUUUGGAGAUUCUCUUACAUAGUUUAUAAGCCGGAACCAUAGAUAUAAGCUUUAAGUUAGUCACUCGUUGACCAAUGACUUGAAACCUAUAUGUUAAGCAGAAUUUCUUUCUUUUUGUUUUUCCUCUGGAGACUGACCGUUUCCUCUACCUGAUCAUGAAUAUAAGUUAUAACACAGCUACUACGAUGUGUUUCUGUAUGGAAUUAACUGCAGUUUUGUCCGUCGUAAUGAAAUGGCAACAUCGGAGGCACUAUAAACGCUGUUAGAGGCUUAGAGCUGAUACUCCUCUUGCAAGUAUUAGCCAGCCUUCCUUCUCUGUCCAACUUAAUAACGUUUUUGAGUUUUGAAUCUUUCACAUAUUACGCAAUACAAAAAAUAUUGUAAUUUAAAAUUGAUUUUCUCUCGAUAGUCGUACGUACAUAAUGAAGUUUUAGGUAUAGCAGUGUGUUUGACAAUAAAUCUGUUUAAGAAACUAAGCAAUAACGGGGCCUCGUGGUCUAGUGGUAAAGGAACCUCGGCUGAGGUGUCCGCCAUCACGAGUUAGAGCUCCGGCCACAGCGGAUUUAACAUGGUUUCCGUUUGGCCUCCAGAACCUUCCUCGCCAGUUCUGGUUGGACGCGGUGGGAUAGUCGGACUAAGUGAGAGGUCUGGAUACCUGAAUUAUCAAAAAAAAAAAAAAAAAACUAAGCAAUUGUUUUUUUGUAUGGUUUCUAACAUUCAGUUCAUACUAAGUCAAUCGUAGACACGCGUUUUAAAAAUAUACUGCAAAAUUUAAAUAAAUUUCGAUAAGACAACUGAAUAAACAAAAAUAAAUUACUUUUUAUAGUUAUUUUUUUAUAAUUAAGACAUCUAACCAAUAGAGAAUUAUUUUUAUGCUUAAUAACUCGCUGCCAUAUCCUUUCUUUUUCUCACCUGCCCCACUUUUCUUAGUUUUUAACUUUUUUGUGAGUGAAAGUACCUAUAAAAAUACAAAAACAAGUAACUAAAAUUGAAAAAAAAAUAUUUAUUUGAGAAAUAAUCUAAGAUAGCACUAAAAGAUUUUAUCACAAAAUAAAUCUUAAAAAAAUGACUAUAAUAUAGUUCACUAAAGAAUUAAAAGACAUUUAUACUCCUAUAAUUAACUAAUGUAAAUCAAGGAUUUAGAUUUGAGGGAGAGAUAUGAGAAGGAUCUAUGAUUUAAAAAUUAAGAUAUAGGAUAUAAAAUAUAAAAUAAUAAUUUUAAAAUAUUUUUUUGAAAAAUAAUUUUUGGAUUUCUAAAUAAAAUCUCAAAGAAAAUAAAAAAAGUUUCAAAUAUUGAUAUUUUCCAAAAAUAUUUUUUAUUAUUGAUUGAAAUACUAACUUUCCAAAAUAUUUUUUUUAUUCUUGAUUCAAAUAUUUAUAUAAUAAAUGUAUAUUGUGAUUUAUUUUUAAUGAAAUAUUUUUAAGACAAUGAUGUACAGUUGUGGAAAGGAGCGAGAAACUCUUUCAAGCCGAUUUUUAAUACUAUUUAGAUUCUUUCUCUUUUUUGAAUAAAAUGUUAAAUUAAACUCAAAAAGAAAAUAUACUUUUUUACAGCAUGAACCACUUUUUCAUGACUUAUUUGAUAAGAACAACUCCAUCCAUUACAACCUCUAAUGGGCUCUAAUGAUUAAAUUAAUAGGUUUAAAGGUGAUAUAAGAAGUUAAGAACUUUAGUUAGUGGAAAUAGUUUUUUGUUCCUCCAAUGGGAGAACUCCGUAGGGGUUCUUAAAUAUUUUUUUAAAUUUUUUUAAUUAAAAUUAUUUAAAAUAAAAACAUACAUACAAUUUUUAAUAAAAAUUACAUAAAACAUAUGAAGGACACGCCACGUAAGGGAUGCUUAACACUUCUACAACUGCCUAAAUUAACACGGGUUCUGCAGUGUUUAAUGCUUUUUGAUUUAUUUAUUUUUUCAUUUUUUUUUAGAACCUCCCUAAACACCCACCGAUGGAGGUGGUCUAACAAACUUAUGAAAUAGUUGCUAAACUAAUUCACAGCUCCAAUCCAUACUUGAAACGUCGUCGUGAGGAGAGUUCAACGACAUUACUCUGUUCUUGACAAGUCUGUCGAUGAUUCUGAAGAGUACUUCUGAUGGCAUCGAGGCAUCUCCAUUCUUCCUAGCGUUCCUUUCUCUCCAUAUUGCAUAGACGGUAGUGUGCAGGACAUAGCGGGUGAGGAAGAGUUCGACUCUGUCAAGCUUCUUCUGCGAUACAAAGAUGACGAUGUCGUUCCAGUUCGUUGAGAAGUGGCUUCCCAUCAGGUUUCAAGAUAAUCUGCCCCAGACUGCCGCUGAGUACGGGCAAGAGAAGAAAAGGUGGUCGCGUGUCUCCAUAUGCUGGUGGCAGAGGACACAGCUUCCAUCAAUUGUCCUAUUCCAGAUAGCCAUUCUUGCUCCUGUAGAGAGACGGUCAUGCAAAGCUAACCAAGUACAGAACUGAUAUUUUGGUGUAGCGCAGCUGAACCAGAGGCAAUUGUGCCAUGGAACCGAUGUUUUAGUCGUUCGUAUAUGAUUCCUCGUAGUGCAAGAUGGCUUGUAGCACAUCUUCAUUCUCUGUGCGAUUCAAAGAGAUGAGAUUGUGUUCAAUUCUUUGCAGAGUCUGAGAUCGAUGUUGUCUCCUUCUUCUCCUCUUUGUACUAUUUAGACUUUGCAUUUAACAAGACUGCAAAAUCAAAAGGUUAGUUGCCCUCUGGUUCCCGGGAGCAGCUCCAAAAUAAUCAGUACUUGUUUGGAUAGCUGUUCAUAAUCGAUUAGCUAUUGGGGAAUAAAUUUCCAAGUUAAAUUGUAUUGUGGUUGAUACAUGAUUAUUCUACCAGUCUCACGUUAAAACCCGAGACCAUCUGUUUUUCAGUUGUCCAUGUACUCAACAAAUAUAUAUGGGAUUAACGAAGAAGCUACUUCAAACAUGCUACACAACAUACUGGAUUAGUUAGUGGACACCCGACGAAAUGGCAACAUCACUUUUAUGUUGCACUAUGUCUUUCAAAUCUCACUCCAUACUAUUUGGAAAGAGUGAAAUGGAAGGAAUUAAACACAAGGAAAAGGUUCAUAAUCCGGAAACUAUACUGAGAUUCAUCGAUAAAGGUAUUCGGAAUUGCAUCUUGUCACUUAGAGGAAGUCCACGGUUUGAAACAACCAUGACAGCUUGGUCUAAACAAAACUUGAGAACAAAGUCAUAGUUAUAAAAAAAAUUGAUAUGAAUAAUUUAACAUUUUUUUCAAAAAAAAAAAGAUAACAUUUUUAAUUAUUCUUCUCAUGGUAUGUUCUCUUAGUCAAAAACAAAUAUUUUUUAACUCUUUUUGGAGAUUCGCCCUAUUUAUUAAUAAUGAUGACUGACUUAUCAUCCUACGUGUCUCUCUUAUCUCCCCAUUUCUCAAAUAUCUUUGCGAGUCUCUCUUCCCUCACAUAGACAAAUUAACCAACCACUUUUUCACACUCAUAGCAUAACAUCGCCGCGAAUCUGACAAUGUCGUUGAACCCACUUAUCUUCCCUUACUUCAUCCUCGUCUCUCUCUUCCUCUUCUACUUCGCGUCCUCUCAAACACUACCCAAAGAAGAAGUGGAUGCUUUAAGAGCCGUAGCGACGGCGUUGAAGAAGAGUAACUGGAAUUUCAAUGUCGAUCCAUGCGACCUCACCUCAUCUGAUGGUGGUUGGAGAAACCCUAACGCCGAUAAAUUAUUUGAAGACAAAGUUACUUGUAGCUGCACCUCUACCGUUUGCCACGUCACCAAGAUAGUUCUCAAGGCACAAAGCCUCCAAGGAUCUCUUCCUAAAGAGUUUGCAGGACUUCCUUUUCUGCAAGAGAUUGAUGUGUCUAGAAACUAUCUCAACGGUUCUGUUCCUCCCGAAUGGGGAACCUUGCCACUUAUAAACCUCACACUGCUUGCCAACCGGAUAACCGGUCCAAUCCCGAAAGAGAUUGGAAACAUUACAACCCUUCAAAACCUUAUCUUGGAAUCUAAUCAAAUCUCAGGGAACUUACCUCCAGAGCUCGGGAAUCUAAAGAACAUUCAAAGAAUCCUUCUUGGCACGAACUACUUGACUGGGGACAUCCCAAGUACAUUUUCCAAACUUACCAAGUUGACUGAGUUCCGUAUAAGUGACAACCAGUUUACCGGAACCAUACCAGAUUUCAUCCAGAACUGGACAGAACUUACAAAAUUAACUAUUCAAGCAAGUGGUUUAGUUGGACCGAUUCCUAGUGGCAUUGGUACUCUUGUGAAGUUAACAGACUUGAGAAUCAGUGACUUGCAUGGUCCUAGUUCUCCAUUUCCACCACUACAAAACAUGACAUCCAUGCAGACAUUGAUUAUUAGGAACUCCAAUCUUACAGGAGAACUACCUGAUUAUCUUGUAUCAAUCACAACAUUAAAGCUCUUAGAUCUUAGCUUUAACAAACUAAGUGGACCAAUCCCAGCAACAUAUAAGGAUCUUUGGAAUGUAGAUAAUGUAUAUCUAACAAGUAACAUGUUAAGUGGGGAAGUACCAAAAUGGAUGGUAGAAAAUGCAGACAAGAUUGAUCUUACUUACAAUAACUUCUCCAGAGAUGCAACAACCUCACAAUGUCACACGAGAGAAGCGAACUUGUUUUCAAGCACACGCCCUUUAGUGGCAAAUAACUACUCAAACGUUUAUUGUCUGAGUCCCUACAUAUGUCCUAAGAGUAAGUCUUUGAAUCUAUAUAAUUACAUAAACCAUAUCGCUAAACAUCUGAUUUAUUUUUUGUUUAUGUUAUCAGCUUUGUAUGGCCUUCAUAUAAACUGUGGUGGAGAUGAACUAACAGUCAACGGGAAUAAGUAUGAAGCAGAUAGAUUGGAUAGCACCUUCUAUGACAGUAGAACCGGUUGGUUUUCUAGCAACACCGGGCACUUCUUGGAUGAUGAACGGUCUCCCAAAGUACCAACCAUAUGGACUAAUACAUCAGAGCUUAAGAUAGCAGAGCCUAGUCUUUAUACAGAUGCCCGUCUGUCGGCCAUUUCCCUCACUUACUAUGCAUUUUGUCUUGGAGAUGGAAGCUAUACAGUUAAUCUUCAUUUCGCUGAAAUUAUGUUCAGUGACAAUGAAACCUAUAGCAGUUUGGGGAGACGAUUCUUUGACAUAUAUGUUCAGGGUAAACUUGAGGUUAAGGAUUUUGAUAUUGUGAGUGAGGCAAAAGGUGUUGGAAGAGCUGUGGUUAAGAGUUUUCGGGUCAUGGUUACAAAUGGGACGUUGGAGAUAAGAUUGUUUUGGGCUGGUAAAGGAACUCAAGCUAUUCCUGUAAGAGGUUCAUAUGGCGCUCUCAUAUCAGCUGUAUCAGUAGAUCAAAAUUUCACUAUUGGUAGAAACUGGGCCUUGGUUGGUGCUGCAGUCGCUUCGACAGUGUUUCUUGGGCUUUUAAUCUGUGGUAUUUUAUGCUUUAGACGUUGCUUGAGACCCAAGAGUCAGAUGGAGAAAGAUUUCAAGAACUUGGAUUGCAAGAUUAGUUCCUUCUCCUUGAAGCAAAUCAAAAUUGCUACAGACAACUUUAAUCCAGCAAACAAGAUAGGAGAAGGUGGCUUUGGUCCUGUACACAAGGGAAAGUUGACUGAUGGAACCUUAAUCGCGGUGAAGCAACUAUCAUCUAAAUCAAAGCAAGGGAACAGAGAGUUCUUGAACGAGAUUGGUAUGAUCUCUGCACUACAACAUCCACAUUUGGUUAAACUAUAUGGAUGUUGCGUAGAAGGUGGCCAGCUCUUGCUAAUCUACGAGUACUUAGUAAACAACAGUCUCGCAAGAGCACUUUUCGGUCCUUUAAAGACUCAAAUAAGAUUAGACUGGCCAAUAAGGCAGAAGAUUUGCCUUGGAAUAGCCAGAGGAUUAGCUUUUCUCCACGAGGAAUCAAGACUCAAGAUCGUGCACAGAGACAUCAAAGCCGCUAAUGUCUUGCUGGACAAGGAACUAAACCCGAAGAUUUCGGAUUUCGGUCUUGCUAAGCUUGAUGAACAAGAAAAUACACACAUGAGCACACGAGUCGCAGGAACAUAUGGAUACAUGGCUCCAGAGUAUGCAGUGAAAGGUCAUUUGACAGAUAAAGCAGACGUUUACAGCUUCGGCGUCGUGGCUCUAGAGAUCGUUCAUGGAAGAGGCAGCACAAGCGCACGUUCCAAAGCCCAGACCUUCUACCUUCUUGACUGGGUACACGUUCUAAGGGAGCAAAACAGGCUAAUGGAAGUAGUAGACCCGAGGCUUGGAACAGACUACAACAGAGAAGAAGCAAUGAAGAUGAUCCAGAUUGGUAUCCUCUGCACCAGUCUAGAUCCGUCGGACAGACCGUCGAUGUCGACGGUGGUGAGCAUGCUCGAAGGACACUCCACGGUGGAUGUUGAGAAACUUCUUGAAACUUCGUUCAGUAGGGAAAAUGAGAAAGACGAAGGGAGCCCUGUUAUUUUCUUUGGUUUUUUCGUGUUUUUGCUUACGAAGAAAAUGAUUUCUCGUCUAUUCUAUUAAAAUCUAAGUACAAAAUAACAUUUGACUAUUUUUAAUUAGAUUUUUCCAGAUUUUCAUUUUUUUUACUACUUCUAACAAGUUUAUUUAUUGUUUUCAUUUAAGUGUUUAACUACAUCUUUUACUCUUUUUUUUCACUUUUGUAAACUACUUCAUUAAUUGUAUUUAUCAUAAUAAUUCAGUUUCAUUUAUUUUACGUAUUAAUCAUAAUAAUUUUACGUGUUUAAAUGAAAUUUCACCAUUAGUGACAAUAAUUGAAACCGGUUAACAAAAUUGUUUUUAUUUGUUUACAUAAUCAGUUAGACAUGGACAUUCAUGUAUAAGUUUGGAUACAGAUCAAUUUUUACGGAUAUUAAAUUUUUGGAUUUUAAAAUUAAACUAUGUUCGGGUAUUAUAAAUUUUUCGACAUGGUUCGAGUUGGUUUCUUCCGGGUCCGGGUAAGUUUGUAAGAACUUAAAAAUAUCUAAAUAACCUAUAUGUUUAAAAAUAGUACUAAACAAUUUAUAAAAAAAAAAUCAAAUUCGCACGGACGUGCGUGUCAAAUUCUAGUAUUAUUUA